AUGGCGUCGCGUUUAGCCUUGCACGAAGAGAUGACAUGUACACAAAUGUCGAGGAGUUAUACCAUAUUGUAUCUGGGCCUGUUUCUGCGGCCCAACACCUUUUUGCAUAGCAUGACGCAGGCAGAUUGUCGACUUUUCCCAAUGCAACAGGAGGAGCGACCGCGUCUGGAGCACGGCCGUUACGUAUACCGGUUCCUGAGGAGUCCAAUGUGCGAGUACAUGAAGAGCUUCAUUGCUAAGUUACUCCAACUGCCACGACGUGAUCUGAUGAAUUCUGUACUAGAAAAUUUCACCAUUCUCCAGUGGAACGCGAAAUCGCUCUCAUCUUCUCCAAUCGACACUCGGCAACACCAAUCAAUAUGCUUACAAUUGAGACUGUCCAGUCGCUUAGGAAUCAAGGCUAUUCUGGUUCCAGAGUCUACAAAUCUCAUUACAGAAGACCACAGGGCGUUUGCCAACCACUUUCCCGAUUUCCUAUUGUGA